GCAUUUGAGCCUCUGAGGGAGUUUGGGGUGUACCAUGGCGGAGUCUUCAGAUGCUCCCUCACUUCUGCCUGCAGUAAGGAAGAAGAAAAGCUUAUCAAUCAAGGACAAAAUUAGUAUAAUAGCUGCAAUAGAAAGUGGCAAGAAGAAGACAGACAUUGCGGAAAGGUACGGUAUAAAGAAAAACUCCUUGUCCUCCAUCAUGAAGAACAAAGAUAAAGUUUUAGAAGCCUUUGAAUUGUGGCAAUUUGACCCUAAAAGAAAAAGGUUAAGAACUGCAUUUCAUACAGAUCUGGAAGAGGCACUGGUGAAGUGGUACAGAAUGGCUCAGUGUUCAAAUAUACCAGUGAAUGGGCCGAUGCUACGCUUCCAAGCUAAUGAUUUUGCACAGAAACUUGGACAUAACGAUUUUAAAUGCAGCAAUGGCUGGCUAGAUCGUUUUAAAGCAAGGUAUGGACUGGCAUUCAGAUCUCAGCCGGUUGUAGCUACUGCUCGUACUACUUGUACCACUACUGCUACCACUACAGAGGAUACAGCAACUGCUUGGCAUCAAAAUAUUCUGUCUUACUAUUUAAAGGUUUAUCAGCCAAAUGAUAUAUUUAACAUGACGGAGACAGGAUUGUUUUAUCAGAUGUUACCUAGUCCUACUUUUACAUUUAAAGGAGAAACAUGCUCCCUGGGAAAACUAGGCACAGAAAAAAUAACUGUAGUGGUUGGCGUAAAUAUGGAUGCUUCAGAAAAACUUCCGUUGCUUGUUAUAGGAAAGAACAAAACUCCCUGGUGCUUUCAGGGUGUCACAUCACUGCCUGUGGAAUAUCAGUCAACUACUAUGGCACAGAUGACUUCAGAGCUGUUUGAUCAGUGGGUGAGCAAACUUGACAAGAGAUUUCAAAUGCAGGAGCGUCACAUCAUUAUUUUUGUGGACUCUUUCCCUUUUCACGCAGAGGUAAGGAAUUUAAAGUCUAUCAGACUUGUAUCCUUUCCUUCUUGCUCACCCUCCAGAUUUACAGGUGUGAAACAAAAUAUCACCAAGUGUCUGAAAGUAAAAUACCGGUGCCUUCUUAUCAAGAGAUUUGUAGACUGUGUUGAAAGUGGUAAGGAAUUCACGCUGACUUUGCUUGAUGCAGUUGACAUGUUAUACUUCUGUUGGAGGGCUGUAUCUCCAGGAACAGUUGUUAAAAGUCAUAGCAAAGAAGGGUUUAGAUCACAAACUGGGGAAAACAUUGAUGAGGACACAGAAACGGAAAUUAAUUUUGAUUUGGCUGCCUAUGCUUUGGCAGCAGGAGUUGAGUUUCCAAAAGGCUUGUCUUUGGAGGAAUUUGUAGCUUUCAAUGAUGACUUGAUAAAUUGUGAAAUGCCUCCUAACACUGAAAUAUCACAGGCUAAAAAAUGUACUUCAAGUGGAAUUUAUGAGAAGGAUGAAGAUGAUGACUUUCCAGGAUGUAAACACCCCUUGCCAUCAAAGAAGGAGGCCCUUACUGCUUUGGAUACUCUUCGAAGAUUUCUUAGACAUCAAGAUUUGAAGGAAUCUCUUCAUACUUCCUUCACGGUUCUGGAGGACUUUAUUCACCUUGCAGCAUCUAAAUAAGUACUUUAAUGGAAACUACUAAUUGCUUAGUUCGUUUUAAAAACAACUCUAUCAUAUAGUACAGGCCUAUAAAAUUUGAGGCCUAUUAUGCUAAACCCGGCCUAUGAGCCUUGUAUGGUGGAUUUUGCUGCCUCCAUGGAACUGCAAAAACCCGGAGAGCUGUCAAAUGCCCACCACAUCUUAGUGCAUGGCUGGUGGAUUGUGUCUGCCUUGGCAGGUCACAAACUGGACAGACCCAAUGAACAAUGCAAGAUUUUGUGGAUUGUGUUGCAAUGGUGCUACCCUGAUCCAUAAUUCUGUCUACGCUCUCAAGUUACAGUUGUAUUCUUCUCACACCAGAAAAAAUUCAGAGUAGCAUUUGAGGCUGACAACAACCCUGUAAGGUAGAUUAUGGCAAGAGAUCGAGGUGUAUCUUUGUAAGCACUGCUGUAUAACAACUAGUUUAUGUUAAUGCAAGGUAUCCUAAAAUAGUAGUUUUUCUUUCUGCAUUGAUUACAGUAUUAUGAUUAGAUAUUUAUUUAUACCCUGCCUGAUGGGACUCAAAGCAGCUUACAGAUAUAAUGUUCUGUUACUGCUUUCUGUUUCUUUAGCUGAAGAUGCUUCCCCAGCUCUUCCAGUCAGUAGCCCUUGAGUGGAAUCUUGGCAUAUUGCUUUGACAAGCAAUUCCCCACCAUCUAACACAUCUAAUAUUAUACCCUUAAAGAGAUCACAUUACAAAACUAA